AAACAGCAGCUUUGAAUAUACAUAGAGUAUCUGCUGAGAUUUAAACAUUCAACUGAUGCUAUUAUCUAGAAUGACUUACAGUGAGAAUUACAGAUCUUACUGACCUCUGUAGUAAAUACAAACUUUCUGAAGUGGAUCACUAAGACAGGACAGCAUGAGAUUCUGGUGUAUUUGAAUAGAAAGUCUGGGCAGGACAUUGAGAGAGAUUUGAUUUUCAGUAGUUAGUAGUGAUUUUUAGCUUUCAUUAUCUGAAACCUAAAAAUCAUUCUCUUCACUGUCACAGUCCUACUGCAUCUGCAUUCAUAUCAUAUCAAUCAGAACAUUAACUGACACAGGUACUGUAGUUUGUCUUGACUGGGGUGCAUUUACAGUAUGUAGGGUAAGGCCCAAUUAAAGUGAGACUAGCUAACUAAUCUAAAUUAUGGGCAGUUAUCUCCUGCACCUGCUUGCAAAGCAGUCACCAGCUGUUGUGUUCAGUGGAGGCAUUAACUGAGACAUGCUAUCAGGUUGAUUUAACGUUGAAAUAACGACUCUUCUUGAGGUCGGAAGUGUCAACUAUGUGUUAUUAUAGUAUAGAACAAAUCUAUAAUACUUGUAAUAUAGAGUGAAAUAAUACUUUAUAGUCCAGUAAAUUGUUUUCACUCAAAUAAUUGUAAACAGGGAUACACUGCAAUUGAGGCUAUUGAUUGUAAUGAUUACUGACUAUGAAAACAGUUAAGAUAGGUAAGAUUUUUUUUAAAUAACAAACAUAUUAGGCAGUUCUGUUUUUGGUCAAUACAUCUGGAGCUACCUGCUUUCCAGGUCAUAAAGCCCUGAACAGAGGUUGAAGAUACCAAAAAUAUCCAACUAAGAAUCAUGCUUGUGUAAUUGCAUAAUGUAUAAAUACAAACUGGAUAGAGGCAGAAUUCCAAUAAUGUUCUUGUCAUUGGAAUUGCAUCAACUGCAUCAACUCCACUGACUGUUUAGUUUUUUAUUAAAAAUAACACUCUUGAUAGUGCACAUGCAGUUUUCAAUGUCCAUUCUGUUUUACUGUAAUUGUUUCCUGGGUCACAAUGUAGCAAACUUUGACUCAAAUUUCCCCAAAAGUGUUUUUAAAAGUGGUAGCUAAGUCAUACAUUAAUUUUGCUUUCAGAAUCCGUAAAUCCUCUUCCAUUCCAAAGUACCAGAAUUACAUUAAAACUUUUCUUACGUAGUCAAUUAAAGUGCCAGAUAAUAAUGUAGGAAAGUGUCACAGUCAAUAUUAGCAGGGGUGUAAACACGAGGAUAUUAGAAUCUGUGAUUUAUGAUUGGUACACAUUGUAGUCACUAGGUCAGGUGACCUUAUCUGUGUCUAUCUGCUGAUGAAGUUAACUGACAGACAUGCUGCAACAGUGGCAAAGCAGAGGGUUGGGUUUAAAGGUUAAACAAGUGCAUGGAAACACUUCCUGCUGCCAAUUGUGGCAUAUGGGACAAAUGGAAAUAGGCAAGCUGGCACACAAAUAUCAGUCUAUAGGUGACUAAACAUGGUUCCUCACAAGGAUAUUGUGCAGCUUCACACUGACUGAUGGUAAGGAAAGUAAAGAGCUGCCAUGCUGAGAAGAGGCAGGAAUGGCCGGGCCCGGCAUUUGGCCUGGAGCGAAACACGGCAGGAGACAGAGACCAUGGCAGUGAUCCAGACAUCAGACAGGGAGGAAUGGGAAGGCCAGACAACGACACAGAUCAGCGACCUGGAGUCGGAGGUGGAUUACUUGCCGAGUUCUCACACCGUAUCUGAGGUGUUGGCCUUGCCCAGCACAGUACCGGUGAUAGGGGAGUCUUUCUGCCAGUGUGAGCGACAGGAAGAGCUCAGCCCGGGCUUCAGUGUCACCAGCAACUGCCUCUGUGGGGAGGAGGAUCAGGGUUUUGCCUGGGUGUGGGAUGAGCACUUCAAGUCUUCCGGAGCCUUCCUUAGCUGUGACAACAGGAAGGUGAGCUUUCACUCAGACUACAGCUGCGGCACAGCUGCCAUCCGCGGCACCAAGGAGCUCGCAGACGGCCAACACUUCUGGGAAGUCAAGAUGACCUCUCCGGUCUACGGAACAGACAUGAUGGUGGGAAUUGGAACUUCAGAGGUGAACCUGGAGAAGUUCAAAUACAGCUUUGGCAGCCUGCUGGGCCAUGAUGAAGACAGUUGGGGUCUCUCCUACACAGGUCACUUCCAGCACAAAGGGGACAAAGUGAAGUUCUCCUCUCGGUUCGGCCAAGGCUCCAUCAUAGGAGUGCACCUGGACACCUGGCAUGGCACCCUGACCUUCUACAAGAAUCGGCACUGCAUAGGUGUUGCUGCCACUAGGCUGCAAAACAAGAAGUUCUACCCCAUGGUGUGCUCCACAGCAGCCAAAAGCGGUAUGAAGGUGAUCCGUGCCUGCUAUACACCCACCUCCCUGCAGUACCUUUGCUGUGCCCGGCUCCGUCAACUGUUGCCCUGCUGCCCAGACAUACUUAAUGCCCUGGAGCUGCCCCCAGGCCUGCGCAACCUCCUCCACGCACGGCUAGGCUGGGUCUUCACCCUCAGCAGCAGCCCUGAAGCCUCGGAGCAGCACAGCGACUUGCCUGAGGAUUUCCAAGAGGAGAUGAGCCUGCCUUCCUGCCCCAGCUCCAGCCCCAUCCUGAGCCCAGUAUCCACCCUGAGUGCCUGCGCCCCCCCAAGCCCCUGCACCAGCCCGUUUCCUGACACAGUCCCAUACCAGUGCCCCUGUCAAAUGUCACCUCAAACUCAACCCUGCACUUGCCACUGCCCUCCAACUCCUCCCAGCAGCGACUACGACAGCUGCUGCUCCGAGCCAGAGGAUUACCAAUGCAAAAGAUGCCGCUGGACAUGACUUAGUUGUCCAAAUGAAUUUGUAAGUGUUUGGCACACAGCUAUUCUACCAUUGCCAUCAAAAUCUCCUCGGAAAUCAAGGAGAUAAGAGCAAUCUCAUCUUUUAGCCAAUAUUUCUUAAUCAACACUUUGAGUGGAUUGUUGCUUCUCAUUUUUUAUUAAGCAAGUUUAUGACAUUCAAACAACUUUGUCAAUGAAUGGGAAGAAGGGAGUGAGUAUGUAGUGAGUGAGACAUUUAAUGAAGUUGAGAUAUUAAGAGUGACAUUUGGGUCAUUCAUUCUCAUUUUAGCCAAUUGCUAUCAUGGGGCUAAUGAGGGCCAUUUGUACUGCUCUGAUUUUUUCGUUUGUUUUUUAAAAUAUGCCAGUCGCUGUCUUUGGAAGGCCUAAUGUUUGCCAGAUUAGACUCUGAAUCUUGUGAAAGCGUAUACUUGUUAUUCACAGGGAUAGACUCCAGGGGGAAGCGAGUUGCUUUUGAUACUGUGGAAAUGACUUUUUGUACAGUAAACCUGUGUUUUGUAAUCAGCAUCUGGCUUAAAUAUCAACAGUGGUUGUAUUAUUGUUUACAAGAGAAUUUGUUUUUCUAUUUACAGUUAUGCUUUGUUUAUGAACUUUCUUACUCAGAAAAAUUCUCUAAAAUAAAACAAAAAG